GGACUUCAAAUCUGGCGCCUGCACACGUCACAUUCUAACGAAUCGGGGACUGAAGCCAAGACUGAUGGCACUCAAAAACACUGACAACGCAAGUCAAGAUGCUCCUUUCAUUGUCCUCAAUCUUUGCAAUGCCGCCGGAUCCUAGGAAAUCAUCGUUCACCUCGCACACCUCAGAUCAGAGUGCAGCUGGCUGCAAAUGUAUCAGACUCGAAGAAGCUUCACGUCGUACAGACACAUGCAAUGUUGUGAUUUUUGGACAAACAGGCGCUGGUAAAAGUUCCUUGAUCAACUUGAUUACCAAGACGCAGGUGGUACCAACGUCUUCCGACGCCAGGGGAUGUACAAUUGAAACCACCGUGUACGAGCAUGAUAUCGUGACUCAUGACAGGACUUUAAAGGUACAAUUAUUUGAUACCGCUGGUCUUGGCGAGGGCCUUCAGGGAACAGUCCCCCAUGCGCAAGCUCAGAAUGCUUUGAAGAAUCUCUUUCAGACUCUUACGAAGAAACAUAUCAUUGUGUACUGUGUGCAGGGCACAAAGUACGCCUCGGCGCUCAAGCGCAACUACGAGUUAUUGUCCACAAUCAAGGGAGAUGUUCCCAUCGUCCUCGUUGUUACAGGUCUGGAAAACCGAGAACCAGAAAUGGAAGAUUGGUGGAGGAAUAACGAGACAUCCAUCUCAGACCUCGGGAUGAACUUUGCUGGCCACGCUUGUAUUACCACGUUGACCGUUAAUGAAGGUGAUACAAAUAAAGUCAGGCAGCGCCGCGAACAGUCAUACCAGGUUGUCUGCAAUCUUAUCGAACGGAGUUGCCGAAAGAAUAUUGUACUCUUUGGGGCGAGUGGAGUAGGCAAAAGCUCAAUCGUCAACCUCGUGGCAGGAGAGGAGGUAGCAAAGGCAUCUCUUAGCUUGGACCCCUGCACGCUCCAUUGGAAAGACUAUACCAUCGACUUUGAUGGGGUGUCUUAUAAGGUCUUCGAUACUGUUGGGCUCGAGGACCCGCAGCUUGGAAUGAACGAGUACCUCGACUCCGCCGUAAAUGCCUACACGCUAGUCAAGGAAUUGGAUAGACAAGGUGGUAUUGAUCUGCUUCUGUACUGCAUUCGCGCUGGCAGAAAGACCGCUGCUCUUCAGAGCAAUUACCGGCUUUUUCACGAAUUCCUCUGCGAGAAGAAGGUUCCCAUUGUCCUUGUGAUUACGAACCUCGAGAGAGAGGAAAGGAUGGAGGAUUGGUGGGAGCGGGAACAUGCCAACUUUGACAAAUAUGAGAUCAAAGUCGCUGGUCACGCAUGCAUCACCGCUAUCAAUGGAUUGGAUAGCAAGCACAAGCAACUUUAUAAAGAAUCGCGCCUCAAAAUCUGCGAGCUCGUUAAGCGGUUUACUGCUGACGGGCAGCGGCAAGAAUGGAUAGGAGGGGAUAGUCUGUUCGUCUCGUUGAUGCGCAAGCUGAAGGAGCUACUUGCAGGGGGUCCACGUGUGAGAAGAAGGAAUCUUGUUCCUCAUCUCACGAAGCGUUGCGGGAUAUCCAGGGAGGUCGCAAAAAAGUUGGCUGAUAUGAUCAAGUAAGAUCCAUCAUGAUUUUGAUACUUACUUUAUACUUCCUGACUUUGUCCUCGUCGAUGCGUUACACAUGACUAUCGCGUGUAGUUUACUAACUAGCAUGGCAGACACUACUUAAUAGAAAGACGGCC